GCGGGACUGUUUUGGGGGAAUCGGGCCCAGCGAUUGGCUGGCGGGCGCCGUGAUUGGCAGGAGCCGGCGCUAGGAGGGAGUCGCGGGCGCAGUGGGCGGGGCUCGGAGUCGGAGGGUUCCGCUCGCGCCGUUCCCCGCCAGAAUGCCCAAGUCCAAGGAGCUUGUGGAAACAACCACUUCAGACAGUGGAUCUGAUGCUGAGAAUGAAAAGAAAAGAAAAAAAGAGAUGCCGUCCAAGCCAGAGAAAAGACCAAAAACUGAGGCCAAAACUUCCAAGGUGGCAACGAAAAGUCAAGGGCAAGACAGUGAAGAGGAGGGCAUGUUCCAGAUUGGGAAGAUGCGCUAUGUCCGAGUGUCCUGCUUUAAGGGGAAAGUCCUUGUGGAUAUCCGAGAAUUCUACAUAGAUAAGGAAGGGGACACUAAACCUGGGAGAAAAGGGAUUGCCCUAUCUGCCGAGCAGUGGAACCACUUGAAGGAGAUCAUUCCAGAUAUUGAUGCUGCAGUCAAGAAAUUCUAAGAUGUUGUUUAUUUAAAAUCCUGUAUUUUUCCUGGGUUUUUUUGUAUUUUUUUUUCUUAAUUGCUAUUCUGCAUUGGAUUCCAUCCAAGGGAAAGGUUCAUUUCUUUGGAUUGUGAUAAUGCUCAAGGGGCUAGAGAUUGCUUUAAGGUUUUAAAAUAUAAUGUGGAACAAAUGCAUGAGCCUAGAUUCAGUUUUGCGAAAAGAGCCUUUAGCAUCUUCAGCCCCUGCCUGUCCCUAAUGCUUUGCAUAGUGAGUGAUCCCAUCAGUGAUCUGUUGCAUGUAAGAGUCUGACUUCUAACUGGCAUUUCCUGAACUAAAUGGCUAUUGACUAUCAUGCAGAGCUGUCUAGCUGCUCCACAUCUGUUGCAAUCUUCCACUUGGCCGAAUAUUUAGUAAGCAGUUUAGUCCAGCUACCUACUUGCCACCCUUCCACCUCCUCUAGGCUCUGGAAACGCUGCAUACAGCAUUCUGGCUAUUUCCAUUAGCUUUUGUGUUUGGAACUCUUCCUGUCUCUUCCCCCCACCCCCCUUGAAGAAGGGGAUUGUAGCACUUCAGCAGGGAAAAUAGCAUGUAGAGGAUGAAUAUGCCCAAUAAACUUGUUUGCAUUACCAAAAAAAAAAAAAA